AUGCCCAAUGUGGAGGAGGGGUGCAGAACCUUCCAGACUACAGCUGCUGCCCAAUCGGAAGACGCCGGUCUUGCAAUUGAGCCAUGUGAAGACACGGUGGACGUUGUCUUUAUAGAUCGGGCCGGCAAGCGCAUCCCUGUUAAAGGGAAGAUCGGGGAGAGUGUUCUGUACCUGGCACAUAGGUACGCCGUGGACUUGGAAGGGGCCUGUGAAUCUUCCCUCGCCUGUUCCACGUGUCACGUCUUCGUCAGCCCCGAGUUUUCUGAUCAACUUCCAGAGCCAGAUGAGAGGGAAGAGGAUAUGCUGGACAUGGCCCCGUUAUUACAGGAGAACUCCAGACUGGGAUGUCAAAUUAUUCUCACUAAAGAACUGAACGGAGCCGAGUUCACACUUCCUAAAAUCACCAGAAACUUUUAUGUGGAUGGACACGUUCCCAAACCCCACUGAGGACGGCCACGGGGAAUCCUAAUGGUUCACUCAUCAGCAUACGCACAAGAGGGAAGC